AAAACUGGUAGGAGACGCCUGGAAGAAAGCAAGUCGCCCGCGGAUUUCAGCACCUAGGCAGAAACAGUCAGGCUUUCCCGGGGGUGGCGGGCACCGGGAGGCCCGGAUUAAACGCGGCGCCCGGCUGGCGAGAUUGGGGUCGCGCGGUAACGCUCCAGGUGCUCCUCGAGGGGUCCCGGGUCCCGGCCCCGCCGCCGCGCCCCGCCCAGCUCUGUCCCCGCAGCCUCGCGGGCUGCCGGGCUUUGUGGUUCGCCCGUGCGGCCGGGCCCCUGCUGGGGGUGUCGUUAGGAGCAUGUGCAGACAGCAGCCCAAGCCUUCAGGAUAAUUCCUUCAGCAGCACCGCUGUAACAGAGUGUGACGAAGACACAGUCUCUCUGCAUGAAGAUCAGACUGACUGCUCUAGUCUCAGAGAUGAAGACAAUAAAGAAAAUUAUCCCGAUGCCGGGGCUCCGCUAGAGGAGCCCGUGCCGUCCCGCGAGCCGCCGCAGCAUGUAGAGCAGCCCGCAAGGCUGGACGUGCUGCGACCCAGCAUGGGCAACUUCAAGUCCCGGAAGCCCAAGUCCAUCUUCAAGGCCGAGAACGGGAGGAGCCACGGAGAAAGUCAGGAGACAGAGCAUGUGGUACCCAGCCAGUCAGAGUGUCGGGGGAGAACAGGAACGCCAGCUCAGGAGAGUCCACAAAACCACACCUUCAGAUGCCAAGAAACCGUGCGAGCUCAACGAAGAAUAGACCAGAGGGCGGCCGUGUGGCCAAAGGAUGAAACUCGGCAGGACCUCAAUGAGGAAGAAGCCGCUCAGGUGCACGGAGUCAAGGAUCCAGCCCCAGCGUCCAGCCAGAGUGCACCUGCUGAGGGGGCAGAUGCCACAGACCCUGUGCCAGUGCACAAAGAUGUGCAGAAUGAAGCGGACAGUGCACCAGAAGACCUCCAGUCUGUUGAGACUAGCAGGCUGCUCUAUCACAUCACUGAUGGUGACAACCCGCUUCUGUCACCACGAUGCUCCAUCUUUAGCCAAAGCCAGAGAUUCAACUUAGACCCUGAAUCAGCCCCUUCUCCACCCAGCACUCAGCAGUUUAUGAUGCCCCGAAGUUCUUCUCGGUGCAGCUGUGGUGAUAGCAAAGAGCCACAGACCAUUACCCAGCUCACCAAGCACAUCCAGAGCCUCAAGCGGAAAAUUCGGAAAUUUGAAGAAAAAUUUGAACAAGAAAAGAAAUACCGGCCUUCACAUGGUGACAAGACAUCUAAUCCUGAAGUCCUGAAAUGGAUGAAUGAUUUGGCUAAAGGUCGGAAACAGCUCAAAGAGCUGAAGCUGAAGCUGUCAGAAGAACAAGGGAGUGCUCCCAAAGGCCCACCUAGAAAUCCAUCCUGUGAGCACCCUGCAGUCCCCCGAGAGAACGGGAAGCCGGAAGCUGUGGGCCCUGAGCCAGGCUCCUCUGGAGAGGAGACGCCAGAUGCUGUGCUGACAUGCGUGAAGGAGAGGAGAGAGCAGCUUCCUUCUCAGGAGGUUUCUAAGGUAACUAAGCAAGACAAGAACCUCAUAAAGCCUCUUUAUGACAGAUACAGAAUUAUCAAGCAAAUCUUGUCCACGCCUUCCCUUAUUCCAACAAUUCAGGAGGAAGAAGACUCUGAUGAAGACUGCCCACAGGGAAGCCAACAACUUUCUUUGCCAAACCCAGCAUCCCACCUUCCUAUUGGCGACCACCUCACCUACUCUAAUGAGACUGAGCCUGUUAGGCUCCUGCUACCAGAUGAAAAGAAAGAAAUCAAACAACCAGCUCUCUCCAUGUCCAAUUUACAUGAGGCCACCAUGCCUGUACUUCUUGACCAUCUCCGAGAAACUAGGGCUGACAAGAAGAGACUUCGGAAAGCCUUAAGAGAAUUCGAGGAACAGUUUUUUAAACAAACAGGAAGAAGUCCACAAAAGGAAGAUAGGAUACCAAUGGCAGAUGAGUACUACGAAUACAAGCAUAUAAAAGCCAAACUGAGACUAUUAGAGGUCCUCAUCAGCAAGCAAGAUGUGGCCAAAACUAUUUGAGGUUCAGGAAAUGUUUGUGAUCACUUUGACCCAAGAUAAGUCAAGUUUAUUUUCCUCUGCCGUUCUUGCUAAGUAGUUAUGACAAAUGAAAAUUGAAGCACUUUAGUGUAUUAGCUGUUUUUAAGAAUGGAUGGCAAGUGUAAUUAUAAAUGAGUAGAAGGGAUUAAAAAGGGAGGAGAUACAACAAGGAACAAUAUACUUGGAAAAUAAAAUUCAGCCUUCUCCAGGCCAGGGAGAAAAUGCACAGUCAAUAUAAUUAUUUCAGAAAACAUCUAUUUUAUCAAAUCUAAAUAACACAAAGCAUCCACCUGUUAAAUGGGCUGCUGGUUAAGAAAGUCUACUUAGUGUCCAAAGAUUGCUUACAUUGACGUAUGGAAAAGAGCAUAAUUUUAAAAAAUCAGAGGAAGAAUAUUUUAUGUAGGAAGGAAUACAGCUAGUAAGAAUGUAAUUUAUUUGAAACUUCUAAUAGAUUUUUAAGUGAUAAAAAAAAAUCUACUACCUUGUUCCUUAAAUCUGCUAGGCUUUCAGCACCCUAAAAUAUACGAGAAUGUGUCACUGAUAAUUUUUUAUUUCUAUAUAAAAAUAGCACAUUAUUUUAUCUGUUACUUAAAAUUUUACAUUUCUGAUUACCAAAGUUCAUUCUGAUAGCAUGUACUUUGUGAAUUAUCUUUGUCUAUAUAACAGAUGUUUAUAUUAAAAUAAAAUAUUGUAUUACAAUUUGAAAAUAGGUAUUUUGGAUAGAUGUGUCUGUAGUAUAUAAUCUAAUGUGAUCAUAGUUAUGAUUGCUAAUCUUUGUUUAUAUAUUUUUCCAUUGGAAAUUUUUUUUUUGAAUGUUCCAAGGUCUAUACUUUGUGAAGUCAAAAAACUUUCCCAUGAACUAUAUAGUUGUUCUCCAUUCUGUAUAAAAUGAAAGGUUUAGAAAUUGUUGCUACAACACCUUGGGAAAGAAGCCAGGAUAUUUUAUUUGCUUCAUCCACUUUAGCGUGUGCAGUUAUUUUGUACUAAACCAACCACCUGUUUAUUACUUUUGCUUUUGUAAAAAUAAGUAAAAGGUCCACAUUUUCUCUUGUACCAACCAUGUUUAUAUUUCUCUUUUCUGUAAUGUUUAAGCAUGAUGUUGAACAAAUUCACACUUUCACAUAGUUUGGAUGGGAAGAAUACUGACUAUUUCUGAAGCAGACUAUUUCAGAGGCUUAUUGUUUUCUCUGUAUUUACCUGAUAUUUUAUAAAUCAGAAUAAUGUCCUUCAUAAAUUUGUUUAAUUAAAGUCGUCUACUUGUAACAGAACAGAUACACAACUAUUUGAGGUUUACAAACUACAUCUUUGAUAAGGGAAAUGGUUUCGUGACAUGUAUACAAUUGCUAUUAAAAUGUAACUCUAUAUAUUCUAUAAGAUUGUAAAUAUUUUAUACAAUACAAAUAAAAUAUUUUUCUAUUAUAUUUA